UUUUGGUUGUCAACAACUGAGAGGAGGUGCCACUGGUACCUGGUGGGUGGGGACAGGGGACGCUGCUGGGUGUCCCACACAGCGAGGGUCGGGGAGUUGCCGGCCAGGUUUUGAUUUAGCAGCUGGAACCUGGGAGAGGCAGCUUUCGGCAGAAAACGGAGCACUUGUUUGGCGAGGUGCCCGUUCAGGCGGCGGAGCCCGGCAGGGCCGGGGACGAGGCGAGGCGCAGGCGGGCAGAGAACGCGGCGAGCGCUGCGUCUCAGCGUGGAGCAGCUAGAGCCCCGGGUCCGCCGUCAUCUCGCCGAACGAGCCCGGCGGGGCGACGCAGGGCGGCCGGGCACGGGGAGGAGAGGGCGCAGGCGGGAAGGGGGGCGGCUCCGGAGCAGCAGACCUGGGACGACGUGGUCAAGUGUGUCCUCCCAUCGCCAGCCUCGGGGCCGCCGAGGCCGCAGUCCUCCAGGCGCCCAGAGCGGCCGGAAAUGCGCUCGGCCGGGGCGGGGCGGGCGCGGGUUCACUUCCGGCCGGCGCGGGCGGGAGUUCGGGCGCGGCGUCCGCAGACUCCGAAGGCCCCGGGCGAGCACGCCUGCCUUCGUCAGGCCUUGGGGAAGAUGGCAGCCCUGGGGGGCCGUCAGCAGCCCCCUCGUGUCCCGCCCCCCGUCAGUCUCAAGUCGCCGGGAACACCUGGAGCCCACCACCCGGAGGCCCAGCUCCGCUCCCGCAGUCGGCGACACGAUCCUGAGGCGGGGCCCGCGCAGUCUCUGCCGUCUCCCCAUCUGCAGGAUGCUGGACAUGAGGUGGGCCCAGACGGAGGGGCGCUGCGGACCCUUCUGAGGGGUCUGCCCUGUAGACCCGAGGGUGUGGGCAGCCUCGGGCAGGAGGCCGGCUUGGAGCAGCACGCAGGCCAGUCGCUGGGAGCUGGGUCCUGCCUGCCCAAGAGGGGUGCCUGGCAUGUGAGGCUCAGGCUGCUGGGAACCUCGGGGACUGAGGGCGGCUCGGAGCUGGGCUCAGGCCUGGGGCCUCUGCAGGGCGGCCCACGCAGCGCGAAGCCACACGGGUGCGAGGCCUGCGGCAAGAGCUUCAAGUACAACUCGCUGCUGCUGAAGCACCAGCGCAUUCACACCGGCGAGAAGCCCUACGCCUGUCAUGAGUGCGACAAGCGCUUCCGCGGCUGGUCGGGCUUCAUCCAGCACCACCGCAUCCACACGGGCGAGAAGCCCUACGAAUGCGGUGAGUGUGGCCGCGCCUUCAGCCACAGCUCGCACUUCACGCAGCACCUGCGCGUACACAACGGCGAGAAGCCCUACGCGUGCGGUGAGUGCGGCCAGGCCUUCAGCCAGAGCUCCAACCUGCUGCGGCACCGGCGGCUGCACACCGGCGAGAGGCCCUACGCCUGCAGCCAGUGCGGCAAGGCCUUCGUCUGGAGCUCGGUCCUCAUUGAGCACCAGCGCAUCCAUACUGGCGAGAAGCCCUACGAGUGCGCCGAGUGCGGCAAGGCUUUCCGCGGCCGCUCGCACUUCUUCCGGCACCUGCGGACGCACACGGGCGAGAAGCCCUUUGCCUGCGGAGCCUGCGGCAAGGCCUUCGGCCAGAGCUCCCAGCUCAUCCAGCACCAGCGCGUGCACUACCGGGAGGAGAAGCCCUACGCGUGCGGGGACUGCGGCAAGGCCUUCGUGCACAGCUCGCUUGUCGUCCGGCACCAGCGCACCCACAGCGGGGAGAGGCCCUACGUGUGCCGCGAGUGCGGGAAGGCCUUCAGCCAGAGCUUCAACCUCCUCCGGCACCAGCGGGUGCACACUGGGGAGAAGCCCUACCGCUGUGCCGAGUGCGGCAGGACCUUCGGCCAGAGGUCCGACGCCACCAAGCACCGGAGAAUCCACACCGGGGAGAGGCUGUACGAGUGCCGGGAGUGCGGCCAGGCCUUCGUCCACAGUUCCAACGUGGCCCGGCACCAGCGCACCCACCACGGAGAGAACCCCUACGAGUGCCGGGAGUGCGGCCAGGCCUUCAGCCAGAGCUCCAACCUCAUCCAGCACCAGCGGGUGCACACCGGGGAGAAGCCCUUCGCCUGCCGGGAGUGCGGCCGCGCCUUCAGCCGCAGCUCCUUCCUCAGUGAGCACCGGCGCAUCCACACCGGCGAGAAGCCCUACCAGUGCACCGAGUGCGGCCGCGCCUUCCGGGCCCUGUCGGGCUUCUUCCGGCACCAGAGGGUCCACACAGGGGAGAGGCCGUUCCGCUGCGCCCAGUGUGGCCGCGCCUUCCGCCUGAGCUUCCACCUCAUCCAGCACCAGCAGGUCCACAGCAGAGAGUGA